AGUUUUAGCAGUUAACGUUGGGUAGAGACCAGGCUAACUACCAGUGACUUUUAAUACUCACAUUAUCCAUACCUGUGCUGUUGUCACACUCACGAUAUUUAAGUUUUCGUUACUUUUCUGGUAGUUGCAGUCACUUGAGAUGAAUUGGACUGGGGGUUCAAGGAACCGGUUAGUAAUGAAAAACGACGCCAGAAAGCAGAAGGAGUAUUUCGAGAGGAGGAAAAUGCAACAGAGAUUGAGGAAAAUGGGAGUUGCUCUGCCAACGACUCCUGGAGACACCAGUUCUAGUAGUAUGGACCUGGUGACCUUGUUCAUAGUAAACCAGAUUGCUGCUAAGAAGGAAAACAAAGAUCCUCCUAAAGUCGCGGUCCUUGGCAGCUGUAAAGGAAGAUCUCAGCACAAGAGAAAUGAGCCCCUGGUACUCCCAAUGAGCCCCUGCUCUCCGUCACAGCUGGAUUUUGUUGAGAGCCACCCUCAGUACAGUGUCCAAACAACAGGAAAGAACAAGCAUGUUAUUCCACAAGGGUUCAGGUGUCAACAGCUGUCACCAGUGCUGGAGUCAGCUUUCUCAGACAACAGUGCAUCUGACUACCUGCCACCCAUAACUGACCCCCUCAGCCCCUUCUCCUCCACGUCAUCAGCUUCCUCAGGACAAGGAAUCUUCCCCCUGCUGAAUCUGCAGCAGAGAAGCCAGAUGCAGGCGCAGCUACCUCCUCACUGCUCCCCUCCACCCUGGGACACCUCAGGGCUGGAGCAGACCAAGUUUCAGCCUUUCUCCCAGCCCAGAGGUAUGACAGACAGUGUCCCCUGGUCUUAUGGAUCUAACACAACCCUCUACCAACUUGAGACACCCACAGCAGCCAGUGUCCUGUUUGGAAGUUCAGAGCCAGAAAAGACAGACAGUAGGAACCAUGCAAGACAGGAGGUCACCUUCUCUCUCGACCAACCAGAGGACAGGGAGCAAAUGCUGGACUUCACUUUCAACCGAUCAGAAACUCAGCAGCAGAUUGAGGAGGAUGUCUUUAGGGGCUUCAGCACUGAAGACAGUGAACCAGCUUCUCAAUUUGGGAGAGUGACAUCAAAGAUACAUCUCAAAGAUGAAACACCGGUAAAAUCCUCAACACCACAAAGUGUCCUGGACUCACAGUGCAUGAGAGUGGAGCUCUCCAACUGCACUGACACAAACUUUUCAUUUCUUGAACACAACAGUGGCCCGAUGAAUGGCUGCAACUGCUCGCCAAGUUACUCUUGUAGCGGAGGUUACCUCAGUUCAGAUUCAAAUGAUGAAGAAGAAUACUGUCCGCCAAGCCACCAGGCUGCCUCUUUGUAUGUGGACCAACCCUGUUAUGUAGAUAAGCUAAACCCAAACCGGAGCUUGCAGGAGAAUCCAAAUCAAAGUCACACUCAGCCCAAGCUUCUCACCCCAGUCCUAAAACCCCAAAUUAACCUCAGAGAUGAUCGGAAAGUUAUGGAGAACAGGGCUUGCCCAGAUACAAUUUCAGGAAGUAAUAACCAACAAAUGGGAAGCCACGUGGCUCAGUUGAACUCUCAUCAGGCUCUUGCUGAGACUCUGAGCUCAGAGUUGUGCAAAUGCAAGAAAACACCCACUGAAACUCGAGAUGCAGGAACUCAAACUGCUGACAACCCCACGGCUGAGACAUGUGAUGCAUCUACUCAGUACAGCUUUGUUGGAGACGGUGCAACCAAAGUCACUGGGUUUAACUUGUGCCUGCCACCUGUUGGUGUGUCAGUGCAGCAUACAGCCACAGGGAGGCAGACUGACACUGCCGCAGAGCCAGAUACACACACACCCUCACCAGGCGAGGUGAGUAGCAGAGGGAAGUACACGCCCUGGAACAAGAAGAAAUCCCAGGCUGAUUCCCUGUCAGCCGGCAGCUUUACAACCAAAUUCAGUGCUGACAACAGUGACAGAAAAUUGAUCCUGCAGAGACCCAUAAACCCCUUUCAGGAUGCUCUGAGCAUGAUCAAGCAGAGAGCGGGCAGAGAUGAGAGAGGGCAAGAAGAAAAUGGCCGUCUGAUGAAAGACCCCUCCAGUGAAGCGAGGGAAGUGGUCACAGCUGCCACCAAAGUUAGCAGAUACUCAGAAGAGGCCGCAACACUUCAGGAAAUAGCUAACAUUUUGCUCCUGCUCAAACAGAGGGAGAAGUAGGGAUGGUAAGAGGAAGGAAGUGUGACGGAUGAAGGCAGCAGGGAAUAAAAACAUACCUGUUCUGUGCGUUUUUUUAAAUUGAAAAUAUUAUUUGAUAGUUGGGUUAAAAACAUAAAAAACUACAUACAAUAUGCAUAGUGUUUGUUUACACUGUGAUGAUAGAGACACAAAGAAAUAAAGUCCAAAAGCAUU